AUGAAAUCUUUGAUUUCCUACGAAAUUGAAUUGAAUUCUCAACUAAUUUCCAUCAUCAGUGAGAAUCUCAUCGUUACAAAUGAUGCCACGAAUCACUUCUAUGGAAUAUUUUCUCCACAAGAAACUUAUUCUAUUGAAAAGUCCAUCAUCAAUUUAAGUUUUAUCGUUGCAAAUGGCGUCAACAAUGAUGAUCAUUUAGAUUUGCGUUGUGCUAAUUUUCAAAAGCGAUCUCUUUCGUUUAAUCAACCGAAAUUUUGUCCAAAUGCAACUUGGAAUAAAUCUGCAAUUACUUUUGCUGAUGAAAACAUUAUUGGACGAUUUCCCGAUACUCUUUUUAUAAACACAAACAACACAAUCUAUUCAUUUAAUGAGGAUACAAAACGAAUUCUAAUCUGGGCCAAUCAAAGUUCAAAUCCAACAAGCAACAUUUCGGGGAAUUUCGUCGAUUCAUUUUCGAUAUUUGUGACAAAUGUUGGAGAUAUUUUUAUCGAUAAUGGUGGGUUGCACAAUCAAGUUAAUCAAUGGAUUCAACAAAAUGAAAGUUUGAUCACUGUCAUGAGUGUCGAUUCUGUAUGCUCUGGGUUGUUUGUCGAUCAAAAUAAUUCGUUGUAUUGUUCAAUGCCCACUCAAGACAAAGUAGUGAAGAGAUGGUUGAACGAUGUUGAUUUGAAACCAAAAAUUGUUGCUGGAAAUGGCACUCAAGGUUCUGCUCUCAAUCAACUUUAUUAUCCUUGUGGAAUAUUUGUUGAUGUGAAUUUCGAUUUAUAUGUGGCAGAUCAUCGAAAUGAUCGUAUCCAACAAUUUGAAGUUGGACAGUUAAAUGGUACAACGAAAGUGGGAAACGGAUCUUCAUCUGUCACAAUUACACUUAAUGGUCCAAGUGGAAUUGUUCUCGAUGCACAAAAAUAUCUUUUCAUUGUGGAAAGAGGAAGAAGUCGUAUAAUUGGAGAAGAUGCGAAUGGUUUUCGAUGUUUAGUUGGAUGUGAUGGAGAUGGUUCACAAUCUCAUCAAUUAUCCGGUCCAAUUACUCUGAGUUUUGACAUUGAUGGAAAUAUUUAUGUUAGUGAUUGGGGAAAUGAUCGAAUUCAAAAGUUUAAUUUUGAAAAAACAUCGUGUCAAAACUCUUCAUUUAUUGAAACAACAACAAAAAUGCAACAAAAUGAAAUGACAACGAUUGGAAAUAUCUUACAAAGUCAACAAACGAUAAAAGAAGAAACAACAAUUUUUUCCACAACAAUAAACCAAAUUUCGACAAAAUUUCCAAAAAGCGAAAAAAAAUGUUCGAAUGUUGAAAUUGAUUUAAUUCCUCAUUCAACAUUUUCAUCACCAAUUCAAAUUCGUCGAAAUCGUGAUUUUUAUAUUUUAUCCAAAAUUCGAUUCGAUUGUUCAAAAUCAUUUCAAAUAAAAUCUCAAUGGAAAAUCCGAAAUUGUACAACAAAAUGUACAAAUGAACUUUUGUUCGAUUCGAUUGAUUUAACUCGAACUGAUUUGUACAUUCCUUCAAAAACAUUUCCAUAUGGAAUUUAUGAAUUUACUCUUCAUAUUCAAUUGAAAGAUUAUUUGAAUAUUCGAUCAUCAAAAUCAAUUUAUAUUCAAGUGAAUCCAACAGGAAUCACCGUAAAUCUUGUUGCAUUAGGAACAUCAAUGAUCACAUCUGGUUAUGAACAAGAUCUUCAUUUAAAUCCUGGAAAAUAUUCCAAUGAUCCUGAUGGUUAUCCAUUCAACUCCACAGAUUGGACAUAUCUAUACGAUUGUCGAGCUUAUAAUACCUACGACAUCGUGGACAGAUAUUCAAUAAAUAAUCCAUCAGAACUGUCAUGUUUGUCAAAUCAAUUCCAAUACGAAUUCGAUGGAGUCGAACUCUCAAAAGAAACUUCAGUCACAAUCUUUGCUGGAUCAUUGGAAUUAGAUGAAACAUAUACAUUUAGUGUUCAGCUGACUAAUCGAAGAAAUCGAACAAUUCACGCAUUCGGCUCUGUUCUUGUUCAAAUCAAAGACUCGCAAAGACCAAUGAUUAGCAUCGGAUGCGUUAUUCCAACACUUUGUCCAUUAAAUCUUGGAUAUCGACUGAUCAAUCCAACAAUGCAAUUGGCGUUAUUUUCCCGAUGUGAAUCAAAUUGCCAACCAAUUGAGAAUAUCAAAUGGAACCUUUUUUAUAAAUCAAUGAAUUCGCCUUCGAGUACAUCUCAAUGGUCUUCAUUCGAGGAAACGGAUUUAUACGCUAAGAUUUACAUUUUUGGAGCAAACACGACUAAUGUAACGAUAGCAGAUUAUCUGUUUUUGACGCAUCAUCAUGUAAAAUAUUGGCGUUUCGAAGUAACUUAUACCUUUCGAAGUCAAAUUGGUUCAAGUGCAUUGGAUUUUGAAAUUCAAAUGGAAUUUGUCGAUGCAACAUGUUCAAUAUUUCCAACAAAUGGAACAACAAUGACGCGUUUUCAUAUCGCAUGUUAUCGUCCGUCGGAACUGAAUUUUAUUCGAGAAUAUUCAUUAUAUUAUUGGUUAAAUGAUUCGAUGAAGUUGACAAUCAUCGCAUUUUCACCUGUUUCGAAUUUUACAGUUCAAUUACCGAGUGGAAAACUCAAUCUUGUUCUUCAAAUUCGCGAUCUCAAUUAUCGAACUACAAAACUGAAUUUAACAACUAUUGAAAUCUCCUCAGAUUUAUCUUUAUUUUAUGAAAACAAUCAAUCAGUUCUACAAAUACUUCAUACCAAAGAUCGAAAUUUCAUUGCACAAAUCAUUUCUUCAUUAUCUCAACAGCUAAAUGGAAUGACCGAUGAAACUCUUCGCAAAUCGAUACAAAAUGGAAUUCAACCAACACGAAUCUUUGUUUCAUCGUUAGGUCAACAACGACUUGUGUCAGAGAACUUUGUAUCGUCGAUAAAUCAAUCAACAAUAAAAGAAAUUAACGAACAAUUUCAGUCUCAAGCAGAACUUCGAGAAUAUUUGAGUGAAUUCAUCACUGAUCUCACCUUAUCUAUUGAAAGUAUGAAAUUACAAUUAUCAACAUUAAUUCAACUCACCGAAACAACAAAUCAAUUAACAAGACAAACUCUCAUGAUCGUGACACAGAAAUGUUAUCAAUUAUCGAAAGAUCUGCAUUCUUUAUCAAGCAAAGUUCCCUAUGAAGAUAUUCAAAUGACAGGCCAACAACUUCUUCAAUGUUCUGCCAAUAUUUUAACCGGUGUCAACGGAGUUUUACAACAAAGGACAAGUCUCUUAAAAUCUGAUUUUCAGAGUUCAACGAAAAUCCCUGAUGAUUAUGAUACAAAUUUGGAUUCUGAUUGGUCAAAUUUGAAAUUAUUCGUUGAUGGGAACGAUUUUUCAAUGGAGAAAAUCAAUGAAAAUCGAAAUCGAUUUUAUCAAGAAAAAUUAGCGAAAGAAAUCAUUGAGAAAGUCGAUGAGAUCAUCUCAUUGGUCACUUCAUCAUUUAAUAUUCAUUUAAAUAUCGGCCAGAAGAUGAUCAUCGAUACACCAGAAACAUUUGUCUCAUUUGAAGUACUUUCAAUUGAAUCACUUUCCAACAAAUCAAUCAAACAAGUUGGAGGAGCAGAAAUUCAUCUUUCAUCCAAUGUCACAUCUUCUCUUGAAAACAAUUCACCUGUUUUUCUUGUGAGAUCAAUGAUGGAACGAUUAGCCAUUUAUGAUACGAAUACCAAUACGAAUCUUUCUACGAUGAUUUCAUUGACAAUUCUUGAUCGAAAUGGAAAUGAAAUUCCAUUUGAAACAACAAAACAAAGUCCAAUUCGUUUGGUAAUUCCACGAGAUCCAAAUGUUGUGAUUCCACCAAUGAUUUAUCAUAAUGUUUCAGCAUUUAAUUCUUCUUAUCAUAAUCAAACAUUUCAUUAUCAUUUUGUAAAUAUUUCCUCUUCUUUACCAAUUUCCAUUCAUCUCGAAUUUGAACCAAUCGUUGUUAAUUUAUCUUAUUUAUUAAUUUAUAAAUUUGAUCAAAUUCCUCGAUUAAAUCGAUCGAUGAAUCAGAUUGAUGGAUGGAAAUUAUUUUGUUCAUCUAUUCGCAAUUCUCCUUUAUUUCUCGACAAUCAACAAACAAUUGGUCAUCAAACAUUUAUAUUUGGUUUACGUGAAUUGACUUCAUCUGAAUCCAAUGAAUUUUGUUUAAAUGAAACACUUCCAAUUCCAAUCGAUCCAGUUCAUUUUACUUCAGAUUAUCAAACGAGAAUUUAUACAUCUGGUUGUUAUUAUCUUAAUAAACAAAAUCAAUGGAAAUCCGAUGGAUUAAUUGUUGGAUCAAAAACAAAUCAUUAUGAAACAGAAUGUUUUUCUACACAUUUAACAAAAUUCGCAAGUGGAUUUGUUAUUUUACCCGAAAUGAUCGAUUGGAAUUAUGCUUUUAACAAUGCAGAUUUUCACAAAAAUAAAACAAUUUACUUAACUGUCAUCACUGUUACCCUGAUCUACAUUACUCUGAUGAUCUAUGCACGGAAAUACGAUAAAAAAGAUUUUGGAAAAUUGGGUGUAACACCUUUAUCUGAUAAUCGAUCAUCCGAUAAUUAUUUUUAUCAACUGAUUGUUUUUACUGGUCAUAGGAAAGACUCAGGAACAAAAUCCAAAGUUCAUUUUGUUUUAUAUGGUGAAAAUGAAGUAACUCGUAUUCGAACAUUCGAUGAUCCUCAAAGAGAAAUUUUUCAACGUGGUGGAAUUGACUCAUUUAUCAUGAGAGUUCCAAAAUCAUUAGGAUUAUUAAAUUGUCUUCAUAUUUGGCACGAUAAUUCUGGAAAAGAUUCAUUUGCAUCUUGGUUUCUCAAAUACAUCAUUGUUCGUGAUUUACAAACAAUGGAAACAUCUUAUUUUAUUUCCCAACGAUGGUUUGCAGUGGAAAAAGAUGAUGGAAAAAUUGAACGAGUAUUUCCAAUUGCAAAUGAAGACGAAAAGAAAACAUUUUCAUUUCUUUUAUCAAAAAAAGCCUUUCAUAAUUUCUCCGAUGGACAUUUAUGGUUUUCAAUCUUUGCUCGUCCACAAUUAAAUCAAUUUUCACGUGUUCAACGAUGUACUUGUUGUUUUGUUUUACUUUUCAUUUCAAUGCUUUCGAAUAUUAUGUUUUAUGAUCUCGCAAAUGAAGCAAAAGUCAAAAAUUCAACAAGUCUUUCUUUUGGAACAUUUUCAAUCACAUCCGAUGAAAUUCUCAUUGGCAUCAUGAGUGAACUAAUUUCGUUAAUUCCAAGUAUUUUGUUAGUCCAAUUAUUUCGUUGUCUUCGAUCUCGUCAUCAGCGAAUGAAACCAAUCUUUGUUGUUUCGAUAUUCUUUAUCAUCGUACGUGGAAUUGAAUUUGGUGAUAUGAAAAGUCAACAAUGGUUGACUUCAGUCCUUUCGUCAUUCUUUUCAUCGAUUUUUCUCACUGAGCCAAUUAAGAUUUUAUCUUUGGGAAUAAUUUUUGCAUUUUUUUGUCGAAAAUCAACAAAUGAAGAUGAAGAAAUGAAGGAAUAUUUUGAUGAAAAUCAAUUAAUGUUGAAUAAGGAUGAAGAAAAUCUUCAUUCAUCAAUUGAAAUUAUUCCAUCGACUCGUCCUAAACGAUUAACUUCAAAUGAAAUCGCUUGUGCUCGACAAAUUCGUCUUCGUGAACUUCAAAUGUGGAAAAUUAUUCGAGAAAUCAUCUUUUACAUUUGUUUUCUUUCCCUUCUGUCUGUGAUUGUUUAUUCGAAUCACAAUGAAAACGCGUCAUUCCAAGUUCAACAUCUUCGAAAAUCAUUUCAAAUGAAAUUUUCAACAGUAAAUGAAUAUUGGAAAUGGUUAGAAGAAGAUUUUGUUGGAAAGAUUCGUGCACAAAAAUGGUAUAAUAAAAAGAAUGUUGAAAAUCUUCGUGGAUAUUUAAAUGAUACUUCAAAUCGACUUCUCGGUUGGGCUUUAAUGAAACAAUUACGAAUUCGAACAGAACUUUGUCCAAAACGAAUUCAAUUCAGUUCAAUUUGUCGAAAUGAUUUGAGUUUAUCAAAUGAAGAAAAACGUUCUUUUACUCCUGGAUGGUUUGAACAUUCCAUUUUGUUAUUUUCUUCAUCAAUUUCUCAAUCAUUUCAAUAUAAAUCUAAAGAUCGUGGAUAUAUUUAUGAAUUUCAUGGUUCAAUCAAAGAUCUGCGAGAAAAUCUUUCUGAACUUCAUCGAUUUCAAUGGAUUGAUCAACAAACACGUGAAAUUCAAAUCCAAAUGUCACUUUUUAAUCCAAAUGUGAAUUUAUUUACUUUUGUCACACUUCAAACACAAUUUGAUUCAACAGGAAAUAUUGAUUUUCAAUCUCGAUUUGAACCAAUUCAUUUUUAUGGAAUAAGAAAACGACCUGAAUGGGAAAUUCAAGAACAAAAAGAUCAACAAAUGCGUCAGAAAUAUUUACACACAACCGAUACACUUCGAUUGCGAACAAAUCAAUUGGCCAAUCAGAUAAAUCGAAUGUAUUUUAAUCAACGAACAACAAAUGUUUAA